AUGCCAUUCAGCACGCAGUUCCCGGCCCCGCAUCAUGUUGGAAUAAGGGCUUUCGGAGACGAGAUUAGGUCCUAUUCGUACAAGGAAAGCGAGUCGAAAUGGACACCGCAUAAGCGCCAGUCGAAGAAAGUCGCGGACGACAUGAUCGACGAUGGGGCAGUAACAGGAGACGACGACGAUCUAUUCAUUGCUGAUGAGUGA